GUUCUUGUCGGGUGUUUGUCAGCAGGAUUUGAGUGGAGUAAGUGUUGGUUGGUGUCCGGUGAACGUAGGAAGUGCGCGAGAAUAUGAAAUACCACGUUGUGACAAUUUUAAUUCUUGUCAUUUCGGACGGGCGCGGAUAUCCUCAAGGGGAGGCUCAGAUUUCAGAUGUGUCGGUGCAAAACCCGAGCUGGCACCAGGCCGAAGACGACAGUGACAUGUACCUGGAACCCCAAGAAUCCCGUGUAGAGGACACCGGCGAGCGUGAAGCCAGCCAACAGACCUUCUACCCAUCAUUCUCGCCGUUCCAGAAUCCACCUCUGGGCCACUCUCGGCCCUUUUUCUUCCAGCAGGAAGGAGCCUACAGCCAGCGACCCCAUGCCGGCUUCCAACACCAGCAGCUUUCCUACGACUCGCCCAGAUUCAGCGGAUAUAAGGACACAGGCUAUCGGACAGCGGCCAACGCUGAAGCGCGAGGUCUCCUAGGAUCAGGAAACUUCGGCGUAAUCCGCGGCGGCACUUUUUAUGACAAAGACUCCGACUCUGGUCAUUACGAAAGAGAUUACAGUCCGUUCUUUAAGAACGGUCACGGGAGACCCUCGUACCAUGGAGCGCCCAACCCCAGGCCCCAGCAGCACCAGCAGUUCGAGAACUUCAGAGAUUUUGCCGACAUUAACACACCCAAUUCGGCGUACUCGCAGUACGUUGUCGUUUAUGUGAAUAAAAACGCCACCAAGCAUCAUAAGGAUGUCACGAAGCCGAAGAACAUUAUCGAGAGUUUGGCCCUUUUAGACUCUGAAGUUACAACAACAGAAAUACCGAUGAAAAAAUUGUCCAAGUCGAAGGCCAAACUUGCGAAAUUGUUGCCUGAGAAGAAGCACAAGCUCAAGAAAAGUCCCAAGGAGUCGAAAGCUUCGCGAGAGUUGCAUGAACCGCUGCUCGCGCUCAGUUAAAGUGUAACUAGCUUUAUUAAACUGUUUAAAUGAGUUUUGUGUUAAUUAAGUGAUUUUAAUGGACGUUAGUACCUGACCAAAGUGCUGUCUGUACUGAGUACGUGUCGAAGUUUUAUUUAAGCUCAACAGUAUUAUUAAUUGUUUCUCUUAUUUCCUCGAUAAUUUAAUCUUAAUUGUCUUUAGCUAACAGAAAUUUGAGUUUAGGGUAAGAUAGAGUAGACGUUCAAUGACUGAUGAUUUGUUGUGACUACGGCAGUCACUUGCAGUUACCAUAAAAAAUGUUUCUUGUACAUUUGAAAUUGCAGUUUAAAUAAACAAUUUUUAUAUAAA